GCGCUGCAGCGCAGCACCGCCCCGGCCGAGCCCCAACAGCGGGAGCGGGCUGGGGGGCCUGCUGUCGCUGGGCCUGGAGGCCGCAGCAGCAGCAGCAGCGGGCGGCGGCGCGCUGCUGCAGGCCGGGCCCGCGGAGUGUCUAGACACCUCGCUGUUCGUCGAAGGCUCUGUCUUCGUGAAGCUCUGCCGCAACGGGAGAAUGAAGAGGCGGCUGAUUCGCGUGAACGCGGAGCACUCUUUGCUGCUGUGGGGCGCGCCGAGCAGCAGCAGCAGCAGCAGCAGCAGCAGCAGCGAGCGCGGCGCGGCGAACUGCCUGCCGCUGGAGCAGCUCGUGGACAUCACCGUGGGGUGUCUGUACACCACAGCCCGCAAGUUCGAACUCGACGACGAAAUGGAAGCUCGUUGUGUCAGUCUUCAGUUUAUUUCUCGAAGACUGGACUUGUUUGCUGCUGACUUGUCGAACUCCACGUUUUCGCGCUGGAUCGCCUUUUUCCACCAGAAGGUGGCGCUGCAGCAGCAGCAGCAGCAGCAGCGGCUGCUGCAGCAGCAGCAGCAGAUGAGCCUCCAGAAGCGCCUGCUGCUCCUCAGCGAGGGGCGCGCGCGCAGAGAAGCAGCAGCAGCAAAAAAACUCGACCUCUGGAGAGAUGAAGUGCUGCCUUUUUGGGACAGCAGCUGGUCUUGCGAAGCAGUUCCCGUUGCAGUGCCGCAGCGGCCUUCUCCGCUGGCAGCAUUUGUGUCUUUUGCUGCUGCCACUGCAGCAGCAGUUGCGCGCCUGCCCCGCGUGCUGCUCAUCAAGCAGCUCAACCGCAGCCACCGCCUCCCGCUGCUGCAGCAGCAGCAGCAGCAGCCCCGCGCUGCGCGCUGCGCCGCUUCCCUCCACCGCCUCCGCCGCCGCGCCCACGCGGGCGGCCUGCUUGCUGCUGCUGCUGCUCGUGCUGCAGCGCAGCAGCUCAAGCGCCUUGCUGCGCUGCCUGCUGCCCUCGGCGCCUGCAGCGCCUCCCUCUCCCGCUGCAGCAGACACGCCAGGGCCCCUGCCCCCGCCGCUGCUGCUGCUGCUGCCGCUGCUGCGGACGGCAGCGCGCGCAGAGCCUGCGGGGCGCCGGCGGGGCCCCCCGCGCGGGCCGCGGGCCGCGCCGGCGGGGCCCCCGCGCCCGGGGGGGCCCCCUGGGGGGGCCCCCCGGGGGGCCCCCAGGGGGCCCUGGCAGCCCUGGCGCAGCAAACGGGAGCUGUGGGAAGCGCUGUUGCUGCUGAAGCCAACGCGUACAUACACCUGAGCCACCUGGGCAGCUCGUGGGCGGGAAGGUACAGCCUGGACCGCGGGCGGCGUACAGACACCGCAACACAGCCCGGCUUCGUGCGGCUGUGGCUGGGGGGCCUUCCGGGAGAACUUCGGGGGAAGUUGUGGUUAAUAGCUCUUGGCAACGAGCAGCACGUGGGCCUCCCGCUGCGGGAGGCGCUGCUGCAGCUGAAACGGGCGCAGCACGAGCCCCACACGCCCCAGGCCGCCUGCAGCAGCAGCAGCAGCAGCAGCAGCAGCAGCGGCGGCGGGCGCCUGCGCCGUGUGGACCGUGGGCAGCAGCAGCAGCGCAGCAAGAAGCAGCAGCACGCACUGCGAGAUGAUGCAGGCUUUGCGGAAGCAAGCAGACUUGAAAGCUUCUGUCGACAAAGCUGUGCUGCUGUUCAACAAAGAAGGCUCAUCGAGGCCCAAGACCCUGCUGCUGUCGCGCGCUUCCUCUACGACACCCCCGGACUCGACAAGAAAAAGGUGGGCGAGGUGCUGGGCGGGUGCAGCGCGUUCUCGCUGCUGGUGCUGCAGUCCUUUGCUGCGCUCUGCGACUACCGCGGGCUCUCCGUGGACGAAGCCCUGCGGCAGUUUCUGUCCAAGUUCCAGCCGCCCGGGGAGGCGCAGCAGGUGUACAGACUGCUGUUCGGGUUUGCUGCGCUGUACGUGCGGGACAACGCGGGCCUGGAGCUGGACGCAGUUCACUUUUUGUCUUACGCCAUUUUGCUGCUGCACACGGACCGCCACAACCCCAAGGUCAAGAGGAAAAUGACCAAAGACCAGUUCAAGAAAGUUGUGGCUGCGGGCGCCCCCAGGCUCAACCCCCGCGCGCUCGAGUGUAUGUCUACAGCCGGCUGGUCAACGAGCCGCGCGCGCUGCGGCACCUCCCGGCCUCGCUGUCGCGCCCUUCGGAGAGCUGCCCGUCCCCGGCGCUGCUGCAGCAGCAGCAGCAGCAGCAGCAGGGGCGGAGCGGGAGCUGACUCGCCGGAGCUGCCCGUUGUCGGCAUGGCUGCUUCGUCUGCUGCUGCAACACCAGCAGCAGCACCCGCAGCAGCACCCGCAGCAGCAGCAGCAGCAGCCCACCAAGCAGACGGCGCCAACGAGGCUGACUCGUCGGUGUCCCUAGCCUGCAAUUCAGCAGCAGCAGCAGCAGCAGCAGCAGACGCCGCAGGAGCUGCUGCUGCAGCCGCUGCACCCUCCAAAGAAGCAGCAGCAAAAGACGACAGCUCCAAGCUGGCAGCAGAAAGUGCAGCACCAGCUUGGGGGCCCCCCCAACCGAACUCGGGGGCCCCCCAAAUGGGCCUGGGGGCCCCCCCGACCCCCUUGGGGGCUCCCCAGACCCCCAUUGGGGCCCCCUUGGGGGCCCCCAUGGGGGCCCCCCAGCUGCAGUUGGGGGGCCCCCAGACCCACAUGGGGGGCCCCCCUUUGCAAAUGGAUUCGGAAGAAGAAUGGGAGAAGACAGAUCUCACAAUUGCAGAGGGCGCCAGAGUGCUGCUAGAGGCCUACGUGCUUUACAGGCCGGACGUGGGCUACGUGCGGGGGAUGGACUGUCUGGUGUCUCUGCUGCUGUGCUUCCUGCCGCUGGACCUGGCAUUUGUUGCGCUGGCCAAUUUGCUGCCAGCUUUCCACUUGUUGGACUUCUUUUGUCCUGCUUUGCCGAGCAAUCGGAGGUCCAUUGCGCUGAAGUUUGACUUUUUCGAAAGCAUGCUGCGGCUGCGGCUGCCGCACCUGUACAGACACCUCAAGGGCCUGCAAGUCAUCCCCGACCUUUACCUCAUUCGCUGGUUGGAAACUCUUUUCUGCAGAGCCCUGCCCUUCGCCACGCUCUGCCGCACCUGGGACGGGCUGCUGCUCAUGGGAGAG